AUGGCAGCUGCCACACAACGCUUCGUCGGAGACACACCUGUCGAAACUUUCCCAUCUGAAGCCACCCAAAAGAUCCCGGACGAUGAACUCACGAAGAGAGAAACGGAGAGACUGUCAAAGGGUGAGCAAAAGGAGCCUGGGGCCGGCAAGCGAGCUGGAGCUGCUACGCGAAACCCAGAUGACUAUGAUACACGUGGUCGAGGAGGACAAGGCAACACACAACCAAUAACAGAUCCUGUUGUCUGA